AGGCGCGCGCGCGCGCACCCGCUCUCUGGCGCUGGGGAAAACGUUGCGCAGGUUCAAAAAUGGAACGUCGGCGGCGUGAGGGAGCACUAGGGGGUGUGCGCGCGUGCGCGUGCGCGUCCGGACGAGCCUGACGGGGUCCCCGCCGUCCAGAGCAUCGCGCGCAGCAGUCGCGGCUCCGCAGCUCCACCCCCGCCCCGGCCCGGUUCGGCCCCGGGCCCACUCGUCCGCUGCCCCGCAUGGAGCUGUCAGCCAUAGGCGAGCAGGUGUUUGCGGUGGAGAGCAUCCGGAAGAAGCGCGUGCGGAAGGGCAAAGUUGAAUAUCUGGUGAAAUGGAAAGGAUGGCCUCCGAAGUACAGCACAUGGGAGCCGGAGGAGCACAUCCUGGACCCUCGCCUUGUAAUGGCCUACGAGGAAAAGGAGGAGAGAGACCGAGCAUCAGGGUAUAGGAAGAGAGGUCCGAAACCCAAGAGGCUUCUGCUGCAGGAGUCAGCAGCCGCGGAUGACCUGCAGGCCGCUGCCACCGCCACUGCUGCCACCGCCACUGCUGCCACCACCGCCACUGCUGCCACCACCACCACUGCUGCCACCGCCGCCACUGCCGCCGCCACCGCUGCCACCGGAGACUGGGAGCGUACUGAGCAGCGCCCUGAGGAGGAGGCUGCGGCAGAAGCAGAUGAGCUGCCUUCCUGGAGACCCAAGCUCUCCUCAGCUGAAGUUACCGUGACUGACAUCACCGCCAACUCUAUCACGGUCACCUUCCGCGAGGCUCAAGCUGCCGAGGGCUUCUUCCGAGACCGCACGGAGAAGCUGUGAAUAGCGGCUUCCCCUCUUAAGCUGUGUUUCUUGGGGCUUGGGUGAGGAAUUCCAGAUACAGGAGGGGCUGGGAGCAGGGUGAAUAUUUUAUUUUUUAAAAAACAGAAGCAUGGGGAAGACCCCCACCACCCUGCCCUUGCUCCUCAGGGGUGUUUACAAAGAGGCCCUCAGGACCGGGGUGGGAAGGCCAGUGCUGUCUGGGUCUCAUCUCCUGGGCAGACUGGGACAGGCUACCCUGCCCAGUACGCCUCUCAUUAUCUUUCAGAGUUGAUCCGUGGAGCCGGGAGGUCCAGACCCUCCCUCAAGCAGUCACCCCAGCUUUCUGGUGGUGUCUCUCUCCCUGUUCUUGACAUGGGUCUUUACUAUGAACUUUCCACUCCAGCUUUGUGGUGGGACAUGGAGGCUGGCCUUGGUCACCAGGGACAGGAUCAUGACAACGGGCGUGGGCUGGACCAGGGAAGAGGCUGCCCAUCGAGCCUCCUCUGAGUGCUGCCUCCCUGUCAUUGGCCUGUGUUGGAGAUGCCUGUGAACACAUCCGGACACCCUGAUAUGCACACACCAAGUGUGUGUUCACACCUGCCCUGUGUCUAUAGACCUGUCCUCAUGGACUUUGCACGCCUUUAGAAACUGACCAGGUGAACAUGGUGUCACUCACAGCACAAAGGAACUCGCCAAGGCACCCUUGCUCCACCUUGCCCGUCUGUCACGGGGCAGGAUCUGCCUCCGUUGGUUUGCAGCUGUCAGCUGUAAUUUCCUAGCACAGAUGGGCCCAGCUCUGGUGCGCAAGGUGUAGAUGCUUCCACACAGGCUCAGACACCUGGCCCACCCCUCCUCCCACAGGAGCUGACGUUCUUUCUGACUCAGGUGACUUUCCAGCCCCACCCCUCUCUGCCCUCUCCUGCAGCUCAACCGAUCUGGGCACCUAUGGGUGCCAGUGGUGUGUGAGCAAUCAGGGAGGGAAUGUCCCACCACUUUCUCAGGGCAGUCCUUGUCUUCUGUGUCCCCUCCCCACCCAGCCUGAAUGACCCCUCAUACUUUGUGGGUAUUAAACUAUGAUACAUGGGUCAGGUUGCACACAAGCGUGUGGUCCUGGUAAGGGGGGCGGUGUGCUCUGGUUUGCACAGGCGUCCUAUAAGCUGAUACCUUCCUGCCUGAGGAAGGUACCCUCCCUUAUCGAGGGCACUUUGUUCUCUCGUCCCCUGCUACCAUACGAACCUACGUGGCUGGGUCCCAACAGCUACCAAUCCCGCUGUGUCUUUAGGAGACCAGCAGAGUCUGUAUGAACAAGGGUAGGAUGACUUCUUGACACUCCCGUUCCCAAACCAAAGAUCCUGCACCCCGUGUCUGUCUGGGAUUCUAUCCUCCACCUUCUCUAGCCCCUAAUCUCCCUCUCCUUAAUUCUCAGUUGUCCAGGGUUAAACUCAGUGCUUCCAUUGGGGUCAGUCUUCUGUGGGUGAGCUGCUUCGCCUCUGUCCUGGGGCGAAUCUAGAGGAUGUCUGGGUGGGCCAGAGAGGAGAGAGACGAGGGAGCCUCAGUGAAUGGGCUGCAUGAGCCUGGAGGUGGGGAGAAGCUCGGUGCUCUUGAUGCCCCAGCUCCUGGGGAGGUGAGGGUAGGAGACUGAAGCUCUCCGUUGCUGCUGGCUUUGAUGGCCCAUGAAAUCGGGGGACAGAAUCCCGUUGAUGUCAUGCUCCCCGUCCCCAGGGGCAUGAGACUAAAUGCCCGUACAGUUUCGAUCGUGAGGCCCCAGGGCAGCUUUCCAGGCAGCUGUCUUCUGUCUUUAGCAAUAGGCAGCAUCCUUUUCUCUCUCGGGACCCUUUAUGAAACCCUCCAGUUCCUGGAGAUUGUGGCCUAGGCUGGGUAUCCCUCAGAGUAGCCAUGUAGUUCUGGACUACUGGGAACUGGCUGCCUAGGGAGAAUGGCUGAGGGCUUCUAGUGGCUACACAGACCUGAAGCUACCCAAAUGGACAGGAAUCCCCUCUUCCACCCACAUAUAGACACUAACCCCAUACAGGGCCAGUACUCGAGCCAGGAGUGGUGGCCACCUGCCUAUCUUUUCCCCUGGCCCCACCCAUUUGAAUGUAGAGAUGGGUUGUGCUUUCCUUCACUGGGUUGGGGUGAAGAUGUGCCUCAACCUCUGGUGUGGACACUCACAGUGCCACAGUUGAACCCAUUUGGGCCAUGUGGCUCUCAUCUGGUAAGAUGGUGAUCUUAUUGCCAAGUUCCUCCCACCUCCUGCCCACUGAGGAAGGAGCUCAGUGUCAGUGAGGUGGUAUCAAUUUUGCUUUAUAAAUGGCGGACCAGACCUGGCCGCCAGGUCUCUGCACAAGACCGCUUCCUUUGCACAGAAUGAGCUAUGAGCCUUGUUCAGACUAACUGAAUGUAUUAGGAGGAGUUGGGCAUAGGCCUUCCCCUGGGGAGUGUGUGCUGGGAUGAUUGCAGUUUCAUUUUUUUGUACUGAUAUUGGUAAGGGGCUGUAUAACAUCUAUUUAUUUAGAUGAUUUAUCUGGUAGAUGAGGCAAAAAUUAUUAAAAAAAAUACAUUAAAAUGACUUCAGAAACUUC